UCUAAAAUACCCUAAUCAUUCUAAAUAAUUCCCGCUAUGUCCCUUGACUCUGAAUCAUCUCCUUCCUCGAGCAGGGACUGGUUCUUCCCUCCACAAUCCUUCGUACAGUCUUACCCCGCCAAAUCUCAAACCUACAUCCGUCGAUUUUCUGAAACUUCUCGGAUAUCGCGGCGCUAUGCCGAUCAUCAGAGGUAUCGGAAGAGUUCGUCGUGUAUUUCUGAUUCGCAUUCGUGUUCAUCGACCAGUAAUGAUGCCAAGUUUGCUCGUACUCGUCGGAGAAUUGAUUUCGAUCGCCGCAGCGACCUGUCGCUUAAACGUUCCGAAUUGGAAUUUUCUUCGAAACGGAAGUUGGAGCAGUCCGACGUCUCGAGCUCGGCGAAGAAAGUGUCUGAUACCUCGCGGUUGUUUAGGUCGUUUGACAGUACGCUGAAAGUUCGAUGGCGUUUUUUGGCUAUUGCAGCGUCGAUUUUUAUCGUGAUUUUUGCAACAUUGUUGCAUGAAAACUCAUCUUUACAGGAGCAAGUCAACGGCUUAGAGGCCCGGAUUUCUAAUCUUAACAUCAAAUUACGAGCGUGUAAUUUGUUCGACUCUGGAAGUGAAGAUGAUGUACGUUCACCGGACGAACUUGCUGAUUUUAUGGAUAAAAGAUUAAAAACUUUAGCCUUAAUCACAUCUCUUACACUUCUGUUGGCUCCUAUUAUUAUCCUCAAGUACAUUGACUCUAAAUCAAGAUCACUGGAGCACAAUUUGGAAGAAAUUUCACUCAAUAAGCAGCUUUUGUAUAAGGUGGAUGUUUUUUUCUCUGUUCACCCAUAUGCUAAGCCACUGGCAUUAUUGAUAGCAACUCUACAACUAAUUAUGCUUGGAGGUUUAGCACUAUUUGGAGUGACAGAUGAUAGCUUAGUCGAUUGUCUUUGGUUAUCUUGGACAUAUGUUGCUGAUUCUGGAAACCACGCCAACUCUGAAGGUAUUGGUCCAAGGCUAGUUUCAGUUUCCGUUAGCUUCGGUGGGAUGUUAAUAUUUGCUAUGAUGCUUGGCCUUGUAUCCGAUUCAAUAUCUGAAAGGUUCGACUCACUUAGAAAAGGAAGAAGUGAGGUUGUUGAACAAAAUCACACUUUGAUCCUUGGAUGGAGCGACAAAUUGGGGUCACUUCUGAAUCAGAUUUCUAUAGCCAAUGAGAGCUUAGGAGGAGGAACUGUUGUGGUGAUGGCUGAACGAGACAAAGAAGAGAUGGAACUUGACAUUGCUAAAAUGGAGUUUGAUUUUAAGGGAACCUCCGUUAUAUGCAGAAGUGGAAGCCCAUUAAUUCUGGCAGACUUGAAGAAGGUCUCAGUGUCAAAGGCCCGUGCAAUUGUUGUCAUUGCUGAGGAUGGAAAUGCUGAUCAAAGUGAUGCCCGUGCAUUGAGAACUGUUUUAAGUCUAACUGGAGUUAAAGAAGGUCUGAGAGGACACAUAGUGGUGGAACUUAGUGAUCUUGAUAAUGAGCUUCUUGUUAAACUUGUUGGUGGAGAGCUUGUUGAAACUGUUGUGGCUCAUGAUGUGAUUGGUCGCCUGAUGAUUCAAUGUGCUCGCCAGCCAGGACUUGCUCAGAUUUGGGAAGAUAUCCUUGGUUUUGAAAACUGUGAAUUCUACAUCAAAAGAUGGCCACAAUUGAAUGGCAUGCAAUUUGAGGACGUAUUGAUCAGCUUUCCUGAUGCAAUUCCUUGUGGAAUCAAGGUUGCAUCACGAGGUGGUAAAAUUGUACUGAAUCCUGAGGACUCAUAUGUCCUGCAAGAAGGUGAUGAAGUUCUUGUUAUAGCAGAGGAUGAUGAUACUUACGCACCAGCUGCAUUACCUACGGUAGGAGAAACAUCGUUCAUUCAUAUUGCAAGGCCAACAAGAAAGCCACAGAAGAUUCUACUUUGUGGAUGGAGGAGAGACAUUGACGAUAUGAUUGUGGUGAGUGCUUUUAUUAAAGCUCUAAUUCUUUCUUUUUGGCAUUGGAUGCUGCAGGUUUGGAGGGGAAGUCUUCCCAAAGAUUUUAUUGUUCCAAAAUCUGCUGAAAGAAUCCUGUUGUGUGGUUGGCGGCGAGAUAUGGAGGAUAUGAUUAUGGUAUUGGAUGCAUUUUUAGCUCCGGGUUCAGAGCUUUGGAUGUUCAAUGAUGUUCCUGAGAAUGAAAGGGAAAAGAAACUUGUUGAUGGCGGUCUUGAUAUCAGCCGAUUGGAGAAUAUAUCUUUGGUUGACCGUGAGGGAAAUGCUGUCAUUAGGCGUCAUUUGGAAAGCCUUCCCUUGGAAUCAUUUGAUUCAAUCUUGAUUCUUGCUGAUGAAUCUGUAGAGGAUUCAGCAAUUCAAGCUGAUUCAAGAUCUCUAGCAACCUUGUUGCUAAUACGUGAUAUUCAGGCUAAGCGUAUGCCAGUCAGAGGUGCUAAGACUGUGACAUACAGGGGAAGUGUCUCGCAAGGCUCCUGGAUUGGAGAAAUGCAGCAGGCUUCUGAUAAAUCGGUUAUUAUAAGUGAAAUUCUGGAUCCAAGAACUAAAAAUCUGCUUUCAAUGUCAAAAAUCAGUGACUAUGUAUUGUCAAAUGAACUUGUCAGUAUGGCCUUAGCCAUGGUGGCUGAAGAUCGUCAAAUAAAUGAUGUUUUGGAGGAGCUCUUUGCAGAAGAGGGUAAUGAAUUGCAUAUAAGGCAAGCUGAUCUGUACCUUCGUGAAGGGGAGGAACUGAGUUUCUAUGAAGUACUUUUACGAGCUCGACAGCGAAGAGAGAUCGUGAUUGGUUACCGUUCAGCUCACGCUGAAAGAGCUGUUAUCAACCCUCCAGCCAAGCAUGAGCGACGGAAGUGGUAUCUAGGAGAUGUUUUUGUAGUGAUAGCCGAAAAGGAAUGACAUUCGUAGUGCCAUUUCUAUAUAGUAAUGAUAGGAAACAAAUGGUUGUACCUGCGGGAGAUGAGAUGGGUACGUGCAGUUUGAUUGCACGCGUGGCUGCGAGCCUGC